AUGGCCAGAGCUGUUCUUUCCAUGAUAGACGAAUUUACGGACACGAUCAGUCAGGCAAAGUCCCAAUUGGAUAUCGAAAGCGAAGUCCAGUUGAUAGUCCAGCCGACCCACAGUGAACUUUUGGCUAUCCGGAGAUUCUUAGAAGAUCAAGAUGGAGGGUCUGAUAACGAAGAUACUGCAAGAAAAAAGCACUAUGCGGACUUGGAGAGCGCCAUUCAUGAGGCAGAAGACGCCAUAAUGAACUAUGUACUCAGGACAGCACGUGCCAGGAGAAGGAAGACACUCUUUAAGAUUUAUGCCCCCUGUAAAGAUUCUGGAUCUCGUAAAAACUUUCACAAGGAGAUCAGUCCGAUAUUAGAGAGGAUCAAGGGUUUUAAAGAGAAGUAUAAAGAAUCUUCAAGCCAUUACUCGGGAGGAAAGACAUUUAAACUGUCAGAUUGGAUACGCUCUUCCGUUGAAUUUGAUGAACCAGAGGAUCUUGAGUAUCUAAGUAAUACUGUUGUUGGUUUGGAGAAGGAUCUGAGGUCUCUGGAAGAAAAGUUGUUGGCCGAGCGCAACAGCCACAGUAUAGUAUCAGUUCUUGGAAUUCAAGGCAUCGGAAAGACAACGCUGGCAUGGCAGGUUUAUAAAAACAGUUCUGUGGUUUAUCAUUUUCAGUGUAAGGCAUGGGUUUGUGCAUCUGCAAUGGACAAUGAUUUGGAAGACAUUUGGAAGGAUAUUUGUAAACAAAUUAAGGAAUUCCAUUGGAACAAGAGGUAUCUGAUAGUAAUUGAUGAUGUUUGUGAUCUUCAACUCUGGACUGAACUGAGAGAGAAAAUUACUCUAAAAGAGAGUGGAGGCGGAAGCAGCAUUAUCCUCACAACUCGGGAUGCAGGGGUUGCUUAUUCUGCCGACUGCUCACCACACCGAAUGAAGGUACUAAAUGAAGCAGAUAGCUGGAAGUUGUUCAAGAAGAAGGUAUUCAUAGCUCCCUGGCAACUCGGCAAUGAAAGUGACGACAAGUACACAACAGAUCCGAAUCAGUCUCCCAUCCCUCUCCCUGCAGAGUUGGAAGACCUUGGAAAGAAGAUGGUGAAAAAAUGUGGAGGAAUCCCCUAUUUAAUUGUAGAAUUGGCAAAUUUAUUGUCCUCCACGAAUGCAAACACUUUGGAGUGGUCAUGUGUGCUCAAUGGCACAGAUACACAUCUCAGUCAAGAGCAACUCCCUUGGUUUAACUUGUCAUCCUCUGUUGAUGAAAUCCUACCUUUACAUGUGAAACAGUUCUUGCAUCUGUUUCCUACAAAGACCAAAAUCCCCGAAAGGAGGUUGAGACUGUCAUGGGCUGCAGAGGGUAGUUUUGGUUUAUGGCAGCAGAGCGAUUCUGGAAAUUCUGGCGGCAUGGAGGAAGAAGCAGCUUCGCGGUGGAUGCAAGACUUGAAAGAUCUCAACUUAAUUCAGCCUGCGAAAGUCAGUUUUAUUGGGAUAACCAAGGCAUACUGCAUUCCCCAUGAUCUUCCGCUGCUUCAGAUCUUAAAAGCUGGCCGAGGAGGUACCAUCGGAUCUUCUCAUGAUGAUGGUAAGGGUUGGAUUUAUAGAAUUGCUGAUCAUUGUGACAACAACAUCCAUUCACAUCGCAUUCACUGUAGCAUGAAUUCAUCUGAAGACUUAGAACCUUACAGAACUCUCCGUUCUUUCUGGUGCUUCAAUUAUCCAGGAGGAUAUAAACAUGGGCAAGAAGUAGGGAGCUUUCUUAGGAGAUGCAUCAAUAAUAACCAUUUGUUGUUUCUUAGGGUGCUUGAUCUAGAGGGUGUGUAUAAACCUAGUCUAUCUAAGGAAAUAGGUGAGCUAAUUAACUUGCAGUACCUUGGAUUAAGAUGGACUUACUUGGACACACUUCCUUCAUCCCUCGAAAAGUUGCACAACCUUCAAACUCUGGAUACAAAACAUACUGACAUUGCUUCUUACCCCAUGAUUCAGGAUAUGAAAAGGCUACAAUACCUUUACCUGAACGAGAGGCACAGCAGCGGACUCGUUUCACAAUUGAGUUCCUUGACUGACCUCAAAACCUUAUCAGGGGUAAUUGUAGAUAAUUUGAGUCCUGUGAAGGAUGGUCUAGACAAGUUAACAAAACUUAAAAAACUGAGAUUGACAUGCCGGGGGUUAACUCAGCCUCAGAAACAAGAAAUGGCUGAGUGGAUUGGGAAACUGCAAAACCUUCAGACGGUGAAGUUGACAUCCAAAGACCAUGAACCGAAGAUGACCCCUUCAAGUUCGUUGUUGAAGAACCUCAGAAAUGAGCAACUCUCACGCAUGUAUUUGCGGGGGCGGUGGGAAGACAAGUUAGAAUUCUGCCAUAACUUUGGGUCGAACCUCACUGCACUCACCUUUUCUCUGACCGAACUAACCGAAGAUCCAAUGCCAACACUGGAGGGGCUAACCAAUCUAAAGCUAGUUUGUUUGUUCUCCAAAUCCUACACCGGCAACCGUAUGCAUUGCUCAUCAGGAAAGUUCAAAGAGCUUCGAGUCCUAAGAAUAUGGAGACUAGAGAAUCUGGAGGUAUUGACUGUGGAGCCUGGAGCUAUGGCACAGCUUGAAGAAUUAGAGAUCAGAUCCUGCAAAAAGUUGAAGAUGCUUCCAAAUGUACCAGAGGGCGCCCUCCCUGAAUUGAGGUUAACUGACAUGCCUAAGGAUUUCAUCAGUAAUGUUGUUAAAGGGGGUGAUUGUCAAAAGGUUGCUCAUCUAAGCUCUGUCAUCAUAGAAGACUGGUUACCCUCUUUUAAUACUUCAGUUAAGCUGUAUACUGGAAGGAAUUCUGUCUUUGAUCAGGGACAGUUGUUAGAAAAGUUAUUUCAGCGUGACAGAUUCCAAGUAAUUAACCUCAUUCAGCUCACCUUGUCUGAGACCAAAUUAGAACAAGACCCAAUGCCAGUACUAGAGAAGCUGCCCGAGUUAAUGGUUCUUACCUUAUCAUCCAAAUCCUUUAAAGGCAAACGUAUGGGUUGCUCACAGGGAGGGUUCAAGAAACUUCAAAGACUAACUAUUCAGGAGCUAGAGGAACUGGAGGAAUUGAUUGUGGUGGAUGGAGCAAUGCCGAAACUUGAUGAAUUGGAAAUCAUAUCCUGCAAAAACUUGAAGGUGCUCCGUGAAGUACUCAAGAGAUUGAAAUUCUCUAAAAUGCCCAAGGAGUUCACUGAAAAGUUUAAAGCUGACAAAAGAGUCACCAUAGAAGAUUUGUAGUUCACCUCAGAUCUGGAUUUCUGGUUCUCUGCAG